GCGUGUCAAGCGAGAGUUCACGGGAGUAAAUCCGUCGUUAUGUGUCAUCUCUCCGCGGUCGUCUAGCGGUCGCGCACAUUACUCGGUUACUUCCCAUCGGCUCUGUGAAGGUGUCCGGCGUUUCUCUGGGAUUAUUUCCGCCCGAGGACUGACCAGAGAAAACUAAACAGGCUGAUCGCAGGCAAGAUGGGUGCUGGAGACGGGUUUCGUGGCCCUCUGGCGGUGAUCACUGCUGGGUCACUGAGCGUGCUGGGCCUCUCGUGGUUCUGGAGUUUGCUGGCUCUAAUAGGAGUUUAUUUAUGUUCUGGAGGAUGGAUGUUUCUCUAUGUGGCUGCAUGCACCAUCAAGAGAGACAUUGUGGGUCUGCGCAUACUGUUGCGUGUGAAAUAUAUCAUGCAGCAUUACAUUAGUACGCGCAGCACCGUCCCGUCUAUCUUCGCCCAGCGGGUGGCGCUCCACCCGGACAAGCCGGCUCUGGUGGAGGAGUCCACGGGCGAGGUGUGGAGCUUCUCUGAGCUGGACCGGCGGUCGAACGCUGUGGCUCAGUGGGCCGUGGCGCAGGGCUGGAGGUCAGGCGAUGUGGUGGCCGUCUUCAUGGAGAGCCGGCCGCUCAUGGUGGCGCUGUGGCUCGGUCUGGCUAAAGUGGGCGUGGAGCCGGCACUCAUCAACUUUAACCUGCGACGCGAUUCGUUGAUCCACUGCAUGGGCGUGUCUGGAGCACGAGGGAUGGUGUUCGGGGCAGAGCUUCUGGAUGUGGUGUUGGAGGUGAAGGAGUCUCUCAGCUCUCUUUCUCUCUUCUGUACUGGUUCGGCUGCGGACCAGUCUUUGGAUUCGCUGUCAGCUCAGAAUCUGGACGUGCUGCUGGCUUCAUCUCCUGACACACCGCCCGCUGUCACACACAGCAAGGGCUUCAACGACAGGUUAUUUUACAUCUACACCUCAGGAACGACGGGUUUACCUAAAGCUGCCAUCAUAGUUCACAGCAGGUACUAUCGCAUCGCUGCAUUUGGAUAUUACUCAUUUGGUCUGGGGCCAGAUGACGUGGUUUACUGCUGCCUGCCGCUCUAUCACUCCGCAGGUAACAUCAUGGGUGUGGGUCAGUGCCUGCUGCACGGUCUGACGGUGGUCAUCCGCAGGAAGUUCUCCGCCAGCUGUUUCUGGGACGACUGUGUGAAGUACAACUGCACGGUGGUCCAGUACAUCGGUGAAAUCUGUCGAUAUCUGUUAUCUCAGCCGGUCCGUCCGUCCGAGUCCCGUCACCAGGUGCGUGUUGCCAUUGGCAACGGUCUGCGGCCGAACGUUUGGGAAGAUUUUACGAAACGUUUCAACAUCCAACGCAUCGGUGAGUUUUAUGGAGCGACUGAGUGCAACUGCAGCCUCGCCAACAUGGACAACAAGGUGGGGGCGUGUGGCUUCAACAGUGUGAUUCUGCCCAGUGUUUAUCCCAUCAGACUGCUGAGAGCAGACGAGGACACCAUGGAGUUAAUACGGGACAGUCGAGGACUGUGUGUCCCGUGCAAACCAGGAGAACCAGGGAUUAUUGUUGGCCGAAUCAAUCCACACGAUCCAUUACGUCGUUUUGAUGGCUACGCGAAUCAAGAGGCGACGAGUAAGAAGAUCUCUCACAAUGUGUUCAGAAAGGGAGACUCUGUGUAUGUAUCAGGUGAUCUGAUGGUGAUGGAUGAGUUCGGGUACGUGUAUUUCCGGGACCGAAGCGGAGACACGUUUCGCUGGCGGGGUGAGAACGUGUCCACCACAGAGGUGGAAGGAAUCCUGAGCUCUCUGCUGAAGCAUACGGAUGUGGCCGUCUACGGCGUCUCGGUGCCUGGUGUGGAGGGGAAGGCAGGAAUGGCUGCCAUAGUGGACGUGACGAAUCACUUCGACUGUGAGACAUUUCUCCGAGACGUGCAGAACGCACUGCCCUCAUACGCUCGCCCCGUCUUCUUACGACUUUCAGCUGAGGUCGACAAAACAGGCACAUUUAAAAUCCAGAAGACUCGUUUACAGAAGGAGGGAUUCGACCCGCACCAAACCUCAGACCAGCUUUACUUUCUCAACAGCCGUUUGGGGCGAUACGAGAGACUGACGGAGGCGCUGCACAGCGCCAUCAUGCAGCGGAAACUAGCACUAUAAGAGACACACAGCCUUUAUUGUG